AUGAAACCUGUCGAAGUCCAAAGAAAGUUGUCUUUGGAGGAUCGGAAGUAAGCAUUUUCCUUGUAAAAUCACACAAACUUCAGAUUUAUACCUAAAAUAUUAUAAAAAAGCAUUCGUAUCAGAUUUUUAGAUUUUUUACUAAAAAGUUCACUUUAAAUGCGCUUUUUGCUUUAAAAGUGCAAGUAAUAGUUAUAUUUUUUCAGAAAUGAAACUUUUAAAAAUAUAUUAUAGUAGUAUCCUGUGACCAGACUAGCAUUAGUCUGCAAAUCUCAAAAACUCCUAAUUCCAAUCUUUAAUCGCUUCCAGGAGAUUAUUUCAACGACCGGUUCCGCCGCUACCGCCAGGGUGCCGCGACCCGCGCCCGAAGUUCAAAGAGCCUGUUAUGAACCAAGAGCUGGAACAUCCGCAGCUAUGGCCUCAAGUCAUGCCCACCUUCAUGAGGGACUUUUUGUUGCCCAAGAAGCCGCUCGAAGCAGAUGCCUACAUGGCCGACAAGAACAACUACGUUUGGGCGGUGUCAUUGUCAGACAUCUCCAAGGUAGAGAAGGUUUUUGUAAGUGAAGUACAUUGCCUUUACUGCGACAAAUACCUACAAACAUUUGAGUUGUUGCUAAGCCUAGCAUGAGUAUAUAUAAAUUAAUGUUAAAAUCAUCGAAACUAUCAAUAUUAUUCUGAUAUUAACAGUAAUAUUCCAGUUUCUGAACAACAAAUGGAAAACCAAACUACAGGCCUACUUCUGGACUAUGCCACUUCAAAUACAAUUCUGUCGUAAGUAGAAACCUUUCAACGCUUUAAGCUGUAACUUCAGAAGACAUCGACAGAACGACAGGCUUCAGACACCGCUUGAACUGUGCCUCCAAGUCUCUGGUCAAUGUGAAGAUCGACUGUUUUCAAAGUCGUAAGCUCUAUCUUACAGUUUUAAAUUGUCAUUAAGUUUGGAAUAGAUCCAAUAUUAACAUAGAUCUUUUACAAUUCAAGAUUUUAUUCAAAAAUCUGAAUCAUACUUAAUAUAGCUAUACCUUUCAGCGCUCGAGAAACUACUCAUCUUUGGAGAUACCUUCUUCCAACUCAUCUACAGGUACAGCGAAAUGAGUGGCCUCAGGCAAAUGCGGCUGAUCAAACGAAAUGUGAAUAGCAUCAGAAUAGGACAGUUAGGACAACCACUAGACUCGUUGAUCAAGCAAUGGCCAUCCAACUACGAAGUGUUUUACUCCAGUAAGUGAUAACGAUAGUUUUUUCUAUUAAACAGUCAAACCAUGAUAUAAUCAAUUAUUAUAGAGUAUGAUACCUAAAUGUAAUUUUAGAAAUCCGAGAAAUAACUCUGGGUUUGUGCUUCGUCAAACUAGAAGCCCAGCCUCUUGUCCAGUGGAUUAUUGGACGGAAUCUGGCAACAUUACGAAGACUAAGCACCCCCUUAAGAGAUAUGUCAUGGGACAUCUUUAAGCAACUGGACUUGGAGUGGCUAAAGUGUACCAUUGAUAAGAGAACCAGUAAGAACUGUGUCAAAGUCUUCAAGGUCUGCACGGAAACCUUGUGUCUAGACUUCUAUGGAGAAAUGAAACUCAACAUCUUUGAAUCAUUCAUCAAGUAAGUACAAUAUUGUACAUUCCUGCUGUCAAGGUCUACAUUAACCUUAUUAAAUGCCCUAAAUAAAUAAAAUUAAAAAAAAAUACAAACAAUAACACAAUUUCAGCUACAAACGAGUAUUUCACAGCAGAAUCCGCGUCCUGGAAAUCACAUGGCACGGCUUCGGAAGCGACUACAUGCGGUUUCUGGAGCGAUUAGAACGCCUGAUCCAGUUCGUUAAGAAGUACGGCCCUAAUGUCAGAGUAGUUACCUUCCGAGAAGGUCGCUGUAUCUCGAUUGAUCCCGGGUCCAAGCAGUCCACAACUAACUGGGCCAGGAUCUUUCACUUCCGACGGAAAGUUCGAGAACAGAUCAGCGACAAUUGGAGCAAAAAGUUUGGAAAUCUCAACUUUCGAGUAGUUUUCAAAAUCAACUUUCACAGCAUUCAGAAGGUAAGCUGAUUAGCGCCAUUUCUACUGCAUCAAAGUUCGCUCACUUUACUUUUAAAAUUCAACAUGGAUUACGUCGCUAUUUAUAGCUAGAAUAAUAUAAUCAUGAACAAAGUGUUGUGAGCAAAGAGAAAAAAGACUACAAUUUUAAAUUUAGAUAGCAUAAACAAGUACUUGUUGACCAAAUUUUUUUUUGCAAAAUUUUUUCUUUUCAAACAAAAAUAAGUAUAAUAUAACUUUAGUUAACACUCCAUUUUUAGUCUUGGACAGGCUGCGGCGAAUUCGAGAUUUACCAAAACAGAAUGGCCUUCUACUUCAAUAACAACAACGAUGUGAGAAGAGAGUGCAUCGACCAGCACCGCAACUUCUUCAAUCUUCCCGACAACCAGUUCAAAAGUCGCGUUUUGAGAGAAAUCUCGGCCAAACUGCCCAAGAAGACCUACUACUUCAUUGGUCCCACCAAAGGAAAGAAGUACCACCUUUACGAAUCGCCAACCAAGCAAGGGAAACAGUACUUUGAGGAUGUUGAAUAUUCUACGUUCGAAGGAGAAAACGAAGAAAAUGUGAGUUAACAAACAUCUAUAAGAUGAAUAUACUAUAAUAUAUUAUAGAUAAUAUCAAAUAUUAUCGUUUAAACAGGAAAACGCUGUGUAAAUCCGAGAAAUCAAACCUAGUAUAAUUAGACAUCCUUUUUUGUUAAAAUAAGUACAACUUUCAGGAUUCCAUGCCCAUCUACACUCUGAAAGAACGAGAGGUCUUCCGACCUCAGGAGAUCGACUUCCAUCGUGAAAUCGAGUAUCACAACAACAGAAUCGAAGUGAUCAGUUAUCGCCGAGCCUCACGCAAAGACGCAUAUCUCCGCAUUCCACUCCCACCACGCAUUCACACCAACCACAACAUGAUCCGCAAAUUCAGAAUUUGGCACAGUCCGAGUCUGCCACCCGAUCUCACGAUACCUUCACUUGAACCAUUACCGUCCACUUUCAGCUUCAAGGUCUUCAAGAAGCCGAAACGGAAAAGAAUUCCGAAUAAGAAAAUCUCACUGCCAUUGGACAAAUCACAUGUGAUCAACAGCUAA